GGCAUGCGCGAGGCGGCGGCUGGGCACCGCCAUUUUGGCCGGAGGCCGUAGGAACACGUUGUGCCGCUGAGAAGUGACGGCAAGAACUGACUUGGCCUCUGUGCUCCCCUCCGCAAGGGGAUCAUUGUUUCCAGGUUCUUUCAUUACAUACUGGAGAAAAAAACUGGAGUAUUAAGAAGAGCUGGAUAUUCUUUCUUACUUAGAAUUAUGGCGGAUAAAUUAACGAGAAUUUCUAUUGUCAACCAUGACAAAUGUAAACCUAAGAAAUGUCGGCAGGAGUGCAAAAAGAGUUGCCCUGUGGUUCGAAUGGGAAAAUUAUGCAUUGAAGUUACACCCCAGAGCAAAAUAGCAUGGAUUUCUGAAACUCUUUGUAUUGGUUGUGGUAUUUGUAUUAAGAAAUGCCCCUUUGGCGCCUUAUCAAUUGUCAAUUUACCAAGCAACUUGGAAAAAGAAACGACACAUCGAUAUUGUGCCAAUGCCUUCAAACUUCACAGGUUGCCUAUCCCUCGUCCAGGUGAAGUUUUGGGAUUAGUUGGAACUAAUGGUAUUGGAAAGUCAACUGCUUUAAAAAUUUUAGCAGGAAAACAAAAGCCAAACCUUGGAAAGUAUGAUGAUCCACCUGAUUGGCAAGAAAUUUUGACUUACUUCCGUGGAUCUGAAUUGCAAAAUUACUUUACCAAGAUUCUAGAAGAUGACCUAAAAGCUAUUAUCAAACCUCAGUAUGUAGACCAGAUUCCCAAGGCUGCAAAGGGGACAGUGGGUUCUAUUUUGGAUAGAAAGGAUGAAACAAAGACACAAGCAAUUGUAUGUCAACAGCUGGAUUUAACUCAUCUAAAAGAACGAAAUGUGGAAGAUCUUUCAGGAGGAGAAUUGCAGAGAUUUGCUUGUGCUGUCGUUUGCAUACAGAAAGCUGAUAUUUUCAUGUUUGAUGAACCUUCUAGUUACCUAGAUGUCAAGCAGCGUUUAAAGGCUGCUAUUACUAUACGAUCUCUAAUAAAUCCAGAUAGAUAUAUCAUUGUGGUGGAACAUGAUCUAAGUGUGUUAGACUAUCUCUCUGACUUCAUCUGCUGUUUAUAUGGCGUACCAAGUGCUUACGGUGUUGUCACUAUGCCUUUUAGUGUAAGAGAAGGCAUAAACAUUUUUUUGGAUGGCUACGUUCCAACAGAAAAUUUGAGAUUCAGAGAUGCAUCACUUGUUUUUAAAGUGGCUGAGACAGCAAAUGAAGAGGAGGUUAAAAAGAUGUGUAUGUAUAAAUAUCCCGGAAUGAAGAAAAAGAUGGGAGAGUUUGAGCUAGCAAUUGUAGCUGGAGAGUUCACAGAUUCUGAAAUUAUGGUAAUGUUGGGAGAAAAUGGGACUGGUAAAACAACCUUUAUCAGAAUGCUCGCUGGAAGACUGAAACCCGAUGAAGGAGGAGAAGUACCUGUUCUAAAUGUCAGUUAUAAGCCACAGAAAAUCAGUCCCAAAUCAACUGGAAGUGUUCGACAGUUACUACAUGAAAAGAUAAGAGAUGCUUACACUCAUCCACAAUUUGUGACUGAUGUAAUGAAGCCUCUACAAAUUGAAAACAUCAUCGAUCAAGAGGUGCAGACGUUAUCUGGUGGUGAGCUGCAGCGAGUGGCUUUAGCUCUUUGUUUGGGCAAACCUGCUGAUGUCUAUUUAAUUGAUGAACCAUCUGCGUAUUUGGAUUCUGAGCAAAGAUUGAUGGCAGCUCGAGUUGUCAAACGUUUUAUACUCCAUGCUAAGAAGACAGCCUUCGUUGUGGAGCAUGACUUCAUCAUGGCCACCUAUCUGGCAGAUCGGGUCAUUGUCUUUGAUGGUGUUCCAUCUAAGAACACAGUUGCAAACAGUCCUCAAACGCUUUUGGCUGGCAUGAAUAAAUUUUUGUCUCAGCUUGAAAUUACAUUCAGAAGAGAUCCAAACAACUAUAGGCCAAGAAUAAACAAACUCAAUUCAAUUAAGGAUGUAGAACAAAAGAAGAGUGGAAACUACUUUUUCUUGGAUGAUUAGACUGAAUCUGAGAAUACUGAUGAACCAUUUAUUAAAAGAAACAUUUGAGAUUUGUCAUGUAAAACUUUAAUCAGGUUUUAUGCCCCACAUACUCCAGAGCCUGAAGUAUAAUUUACUUAAUGUAACAUCAGAAGACAGUUGUGUUGUAAAUUGUAGCCUGAACACAGAAAAUGCCACUUUUCUGUUCUUGAUAAGGCCCUUUUUGUGCGUAACAUUCUAAAAUUGAGACAUUUUAAGCUAUACUAAUUACCACCAAAUUUUAUGGUGAAUGGGAAAUUUUUCAAUAGGUAUAUUAUAUUCAUGUACCAAAUGCUGACCAGUGUUGCCCCCUUUUUAAAAUCUUGGAAAAGGUUUCUGUACUUACGUGGUUUGCCAAGUAUGCCAGUGUAAUGAAACUGCCCUUAUUUUAAAAGCCGGUCGAAGACUUCCACUGAUGAAAUUUGAUAAAUAAACAUCAGGAUUACAUGUUAUCUGUUUUCAGUCUUUGCACUUAUAUUAUCAGUGUGUUUAGACCUUCAGAGGAAGAUUAUCUACUACAAAACAACACUGUUUUGUUUACAAUGUUUUUGGUGCUUUUGAAUCUUAUCAAAAAUCAUUUUAAUAUCCCUCCCACCCCCACCAAGGGAAAAAACCGAACUUUAUUCUGAAUUACUCUAUUCUGUAAUUCUCAAGGUCAUGUCAUUAUUUAAACAUACAUUUAUAUAAUCACUGAUCAAGAUUUAGAAAAAAGCAUUUUCUCUUAAAAGUGCAGGCUCAAAAUCUUUAGAGUUGGUGCCUAAGCACCUGUGUAUUUUUAAAUUCCACGAUUUCUGAUGGGCCAGGACUAUGAGCCACUUAUCUGAAGGCAACAUUACUGCAAACAAGUUUCCAGAUAGCAAUACAGAUGGUACCAAAUAUAUUCAUUUCUGUUUGGAUAUAGAGGACAUUAUCUAAAUCUAUUUGACUUUUUUGUGUGUUUUGGAUAGUGUGUAGCAAGAGUUCUAAAAACUUACCCGUCUCUUGAGUUCCUCAGUUUGAACAAUGGGAUACCUGUAGUAUGAAACCACUUUCAGCUAUACUUCUGACUAAUGAAUUAACUGGAACUAACAUGCUCCAAGUGAGCAGAAAAGUUUACUUAAUAAAUUAAUGGGGCAAGCAAAAUAGGAAAAAUUAGAAAUUAUUGAACAGACUUUUAGAGCUCCUUGAAACAAUAGAAGCUUUGAUUAAUAUGCAGACAGUGGAUAAAAAGUAUGGUUUAACUGGGCUCCAUUAGGCCUUUAAAAAUUUAAUGUAAUCCAUAAAUACAUGUUUGUUGUGAAAAAUUCAAAUACACAUAAAUACAUGAAAUAAAAGGUUAUGAUCUCCCUUCACAUUACUCUCCCGAAGGUUACCAGUGUUUGCAUUUAAUAUAUAGCCUUUCGUGCUUUUCUUUCUGUGCACUUACCUAAGUGUGAAUAUGUAAAAGGUUUGUUUUGUACAUAAAUGGAAUUAUACUGAAAUUAGUGCCUAUUUUUAAGGAUAGGUUAAAUUUGUGAAUGAUUAUUUCAAAUAUAUUGAAUAAAAUAAGCCAAACACUA